AUGGAUGAACCCAGUUUUAGUCAGGUUGGUGAGGAUGUUAAACUAGAAAGCCCCAAUGAAGCAGCUCUGUUGGCCCUGAUGGAGAGCACAGGUUACAGUAUGGUUCAGGAAAAUGGACAAAGAAAAUUUGGUGGUCCACCGCCAGGUUGGGAAGGUCCUCCUCCACCUCGGGGAUGUGAGGUAUUUGUGGGGAAAAUUCCUAGGGACAUGUACGAGGAUGAGUUGGUGCCUGUAUUUGGGCGUAUGGGCCGUAUAUAUGAGUUCCGUCUGAUGAUGGAGUUCAGUGGGGAAAAUCGUGGCUAUGCCUUUGUCAUGUACACCACCCGGGAAGCUGCCCAGCGAGCCAUCUAUCGCCUUGACAACUAUGAGAUCCGUCCGGGGAAGUUUAUAGGAGUGUGUGUGAGUCUGGACAACUGUCGUCUGUUUAUUGGCUCCAUUCCCAAAGACAAGAAGAAGGAGGAGAUACAAGAAGAGAUGAUGAAGGUGACAGACGGCGUUGUGGAUGUGAUUGUGUACCCCAGUGCCAUGGACAAGACUAAGAACCGUGGCUUCGCCUUUGUGGAGUAUGAAUCACACAAGGCUGCUGCCAUGGCCCGCAGGAAGCUCACACCAGGAACAUUAGUGUUGUGGGGCCACACUAUUCAGGUCGACUGGGCUGAACCAGAGAAAGAUGCAGAUGAGGAGACAAUGCAACGUGUGCGGGUUCUCUAUGUACGCAAUCUUAUGCUGCACACGUCAGAGGACACACUUUGGACUGAGUUUUCCCGCCUGAAGCCCGGCUCUGUGGAGCGUGUCAAAAAGUUGACAGACUAUGCCUUCAUUCACUUCCACAGCCGUGAAGAUGCCCUUGUUGCACAGCGUUCCAUGAACGGCAAAUUUAUUGAUGGCUCAUGCAUUGAAGUUAGUCUUGCUAAGCCAGUCAGUAAAGAUGAGGGACGAAGAUUUGGAUCACGGGCUAUCUAUAAUGAAAUAGCAUUGGGGGUGCCCUGUGAUGACUGUGCCUUCUACUUACAAAGCAAAGAUGAUUCUAAUAUCAAAUUGAGUUCAGGGGUCAUGAGUGAUGGGUUAUCUGCAAGGCCUCUAGGAUUACCUCCUUGCUUGGGUAGCCAAUAUGCAGUUGACUUAGAACGGUGUGUAUAUCCGCUCUUGCCAGGAUCCAGCCUGCUACCAAUCAGUCUACAGACCCUCAGACCCAGCCAGCUGAGCUCUGCAGUAUCUUUGCUGGACUAUUAUUGCCAAAAGAAUGGCUGGUCCCUGCCAGCGUACUACUUGUAUUCCACACUAGGUCCUGAUGGCAAGACACUGCUCAUCUAUAAAGUAGUGAUCAGCAGCACUAGAAGCACCUACAUGCCUAAUAAAUUUUGUACCAUUCUGGAGGAUGCCAAAGAACUUGCAGCUGACAAUGUACUCUGGAACCUUGAUUGCCCUUUCCGUGGUCACUCUUCCCCAAGGAGUUUCUCUCCUACGUUAUCUGGUACAGGUUUGUUGCCAUUUGCUUGUCAUCCUCUGCACUACCCAGGAUGCUCCAUGGCCCCUCUCUCACCCCACCUACCCAUCCCGACCAGGAGUGGCCAGAGGCUCUACAUUUCCAACCAAUCGGUCUACUUCUAA